GUUCGCUUCGCGGCCUCGCGGGACGAGGGUUCAGUUCGUAGGGACGCCGCCAAGCUGCCGGAGGGACCGGAGGGACCGGCACCACGAGACCGCUGUGAUCCAGCACAGCCCCCGCAGGACCACCCCGGUUGACACCCACUCCGCACGCCACCAUGUCGGCCAUCGUGCAGACCGUCGUCAGCAACUACCAUGACAUCAUCAGGGAGACCAAAGUCGACCCCAUGGUGGACUCGUGGUUCCUCAUGGGCUCCCCGUUCCCCGUGCUCUCCAUCCUGGCCGUGUACCUGUGGUUCGUCCUCAAGGCGGGGCCCGCCUUCAUGGCCUCCAGGAAGCCCUACGACCUGACACCGAUCCUCAUCCUCUACAACGGGUACCAAGUCCUCUUCAGCCUGUGGCUGAGCACUAUGCCGUUGAGGGUGAACGCCAUCCCCUACCUGCUGAAACACGGAUGCCAGCCCAGUGACAACCAGCAUAGCCCCUUCACCAUAGCGGUGUCAAAUGGUGCCUGGUGGUACUUCUUCUCCAAAGUAAUUGAGCUGUUAGACACGGUCUUCUUUGUGCUCCGAAAGAAACAGAAUCAAGUGUCGUUCCUGAACGUGUACCACCACACUGUCACCUGCCUCUUCUCGUGGUGCUACCUCAAGUACCUGCCAGGCGAGCAAGGUGUCGUGAUCGGGUUCCUCAACUCCGUUGUCCACGUGGUGCUGUACACCUACUACCUCAUUGCCGCUCUGGGGCCCAAAUACAAGAAGUACCUGUGGUGGAAGAAGUACGUCACCAAGAUCCAGCUGGCCCAGUUCUGCAUCAUGCUGGCCUACUUGGGCACGCUGCUCGUGUUCGACUGCAAGCUGCCCAAGUCCCUGACCUUCUUCUUCGUGGGCAACGUCAUCAUCUUCCUGUACCUGUUCGCGGACUUUUACCGGAAAGCGUACGCCAGACGGCCCAAGAAGGGCGCAGCGGGCGCAGUCGCUGUCCCGGACGCCAACGAGAACGAGAGCCUCGAGCACUCGCCGUCAUCCACGCCGUCCCCGUCCAGCUCCAAGAGCGUGCACUUCCGCGACGUGUCCCCGUCCACGGUCUCGAGGCGGCACGCGCAGGCCAAAGGGCUUUAGCUGCUUUAGCGCAGGCCGGGCGAUGAGUUAUCAAAAGAAAUUGUCAGUGUCUUGCCCUCGUCGCACUGUCGCGAGCACGCCGAGCACCGGGGACGGGACUCGGCCAACUCGCCCUGGAGUGCGAAAAGAAACCCCCCCCCCAUGACGACGCGCAAGAAACGAAGAUCGCGAGGGGAAUGCUCCUUUUCUUUUUUACUUUGAGAGAUUAGUGGGCCACAUUUUGAGUGUUAUUCUGUUUAAAAAGUUUGAGUUCCAAUUACAGGAAGACUAUGAUCUCGAAGUGUUCGCAAGUUGUACGCGGCAGUUCUGUCGCAUGCCUGGCAUUCCCCUCAAGUGGCUAGGGAGUUUUAAGGCAGCCAGCAUUCAACGAUCCUUAAAGAAUUUGUGCAUUUUUCUGGUUAGGUAGGAUAUUUGAGGGUCCCAGAAACUCUCAUUGAUGUCCUUAUAAAUGUAAAUUGUGAUUGACAAUGACUCUGUGUCGAGUCCUCUUAGGAAAUGAAUUAAGAAUGAACAAAAAAUAGUACUUAUAACUUAUUUAUUAUGAAUGUUUGUGUCAAAUGAAGAAUUGUAUAAGUUAUUGUUAGAGAAUAAUUAUAAAGCCUCACUAUCUAAUUUA